AAUUUUCGUACAUAUAUAAAAUAGCCAAUCCUGUGUGAAAUAGUACUAUUUCAAUUUAUUGCACGUUCAAGACCACAGUGCAUUAGUUACAUGUUGUAACUUUGUCUAUCCUCUUAGAAAACAUGGCAAACAUCAAAAACCUUCCAUCGUGGUCGAUUUUGGUGCUAUUGUUGAUUUGCAUUGCUUCGUCACUUGCUCAUCCGUGGUACAAAGGAGGUGGUUAUGGUCAUCGAAGAAGAUGGGGUGGCGGUGGAAUAGCAAUCAUCGCUGUUAAAAGAUACGGUGGAGGCGGUUAUGGACAUCACGGAGGCUACCGACCUCAUUAUGGUGGACAUGGAGGCGGUUAUGGUGGAGGCUAUGGCGGUGGUUACGGCGGAGGACAUGGUGGAGGUUAUGGAGGCGGUUAUGGAGGUGGUUAUGGAGGUGGUUAUGGUGGUGGAUAUGGCAAACGAUACGGUGGAGGAUAUGGAAAAGGUUAUGGAGGCGGAUAUGGCGGCGGUUACGGUGGUGGCGGUGGAGGAGGUUACGGAGGUGGCUUCGGCGGUGGAUUUGGAUUUGGCGGUGGCUAUGGAGGCGGGUAUGGCAGAUAAAUUUGUCGAUAAAACAGUAACAAUGACGAUACCGGUAUGUGCAAUUUAAAUAAAUGUAUUAGACAAUUAAUAAAUGUGUAAAUAAAAUUAGUUAUGGCCA